CUACUCAGUAACUCAUUACUCAUAAACUAUAGGUAUAUAUUUUCUCUCUGCUCAUCAACUCAUUACUCAUUCUGCUCAUCAUUCACAUCAUAAAGUUAAGUGUUCUGUGACGAGACAGGCAGUACGCCCGUUUUUUUUAGUAAUAAAUCCCUAAUAAAUAGUUCAAUAUUUAUUGAAAUUAAGUUAAUAAAUAGACCAAAGAAAAUGUUUAGCUGGUUGACGAAAGAUAACAACAAACAGGAGGUGUAUAACACUGUUGUAGAAGGUUUGAAAGACAUCUACAAACAUAAACUGCUGCCCCUAGAAGAACACUAUCAUUUCCAUGAAUUCCAUAGUCCUAAGCUGGAAGAUUCAGAUUUUGAUGCAAAACCUAUGAUUCUGUUGGUAGGUCAAUAUUCUACAGGUAAAACCACAUUUAUUAAAUAUUUGCUUGAAAGGGAGUUCCCUGGAAUAAGAAUUGGACCUGAGCCUACUACAGAUAGGUUUAUAGCUGUAAUGCAUGAUGAUAAAGAAGGAAUCAUACCUGGUAAUGCUUUAGUGGUUGAUCCUAAGAGGCAGUUUCGACCCUUGUCUAAAUUUGGAAAUGCAUUUUUAAAUCGUUUACAGUGUUCUCUAGUAAAUUCACCUGUAUUACAAAAUAUCUCAAUAGUUGACACACCCGGUAUUCUGUCAGGAGAAAAACAAAGGGUAGACAGGGGCUAUGACUUUACUGGAGUUUUGGAGUGGUUUGCUGAAAGAGUAGAUAGAAUAAUCCUCCUUUUUGAUGCCCAUAAACUUGACAUUUCUGAUGAAUUUAGAAGAUCAAUAGAAGCUCUCCGAGGGCAUGAUGAUAAAAUUAGAAUUGUGCUAAAUAAAGCUGAUAUGGUAGAUCAUCAACAACUAAUGAGAGUGUAUGGUGCCUUAAUGUGGUCUUUAGGAAAGGUGCUUCAAACGCCAGAAGUUGCAAGAGUCUAUAUCGGGUCCUUCUGGGACCAGCCUUUAAGAUAUGAUGUAAACAGAAGACUGUUUGAAGAUGAGGAACAGGACUUAUUUAAAGACCUGCAGUCGCUACCUCGUAAUGCCGCCUUAAGAAAAUUAAAUGAUUUAAUUAAACGGGCUAGACUUGCAAAAGUUCAUGCGUUUAUUAUUGCAGAACUACGAAAGGAAAUGCCUUCAGUUUUCGGCAAGGACUCAAAGAAAAAAGAGCUUAUUAAAAACUUAGGACAAAUAUAUGAUAAACUUCAGAGAGAACACCAAAUUUCACAAGGUGAUUUUCCUGAAAUCAAAAAAAUGCAAGAAGUAUUGGUUAAUUUAGACUUUACCAAGUUUAAUCCUAUGAAGCCUAAACUCUUAGAGAUAGUUGAUAGAAUGCUGGCCGAAGAUAUUUCAAAAUUAAUGGCCAUGAUUCCAUUAGAAGACUCGGCAACUAACCAAAAUAAUGGACAUGUCUCGGGGGGUGCCUUUAAUAAUGUGGAAGAUACUGCAUCUCCGUUUGGAUACAAAAAAGGAGAAGGUGUUGAUGCUGGGGCUGGAGAGCAUGAUUGGAUUGUUAACAGAGAAAAGCCAAAAUAUGAUGAAAUCUUCUAUCAGCUUAAUCCUGUUGACGGCAAAGUUACUGGAAUGGCCGUAUUGAACGCACCACCUACCCUUAUAGGGAUAUGGACGAAAAAAAAGAAAUUCUGGUCAUUGAGACGAUCUGCAAAACCGGAAAUGGUGAAAUCCAAAUUACCAAACACAGUUUUGAAGAAAGUAUGGAACCUAGCUGAUGUCGAUAAGGACGGAAUGUUAGAUAUUGAAGAAUUUGCCUUGGCUAUGCAUUUAAUAAACGUCAAACUAGAUGGAAACGACUUACCAGCAGAGCUACCGGGACACCUAAUUCCACCAUCAAAACGUACAUAGAGUUUUCGUUGACUAGUUAAUUAAGAAUAAAAAAUUAAUUUUAUUUAUUUGGUCCAACCUGUGCUACAUAUUCUGUGCCUAUGAAAAGAAUGUUUUUAUAUAUCUAUAUUUUUUGUUAAGUUUAUAUUUAUAUUAUCAUUCAGUUACAAUCGAGCUUCAAUAUUAUAAUCGGAACUGGAUAUUUUAAAGAAAUAAUGUGAUUUGAACAAUACCGCACAUAAUUAUGAUAUUUUUUGUUUUUUUUUUCUUAAUCGCAUCAGACACUUGCACAAAUAUUGUCGUUUUUUAUUUAGACAAUCGCUUUUAGAAGACAAUCAGGCUAUUUACAGUGCGCGCAGAAAUAUACCGUUGACUUCUUCGACCACUCAAUAACUUCAUUAAAACUGAUUAUGUACCGAUCAAAAUCUCUCAGGCCCUAACGGGGUACAGAGUCUGCUUUCAAAUGAAGACUACAGUGGAAGAACGAUCUAAGUCACAUUUUUAUAUUUUUGAGAAAAACGAAUUUGAAAGUUUGAAGACUUCCAUGCAAAAUAAUAAAAAAUAAAUCGUUUUGUACUAUUUUUUUAUUAGAAGUCAUUAACAUGGGCAAUACUUAAGGACUACUAAAAAUCAUAAAAAAAUAAACAGAAUUUUGGAAAAAAAAAAUGAAGAUUCCUUUUCUUCGGUGUACCGAGAAACGAUCCAAGAAUCCACAAGAAUUAGGUUUGAACGUCGCUAUAACAAGAAUACAAGAUUACUAAGGACCUUAAUAUUUGACCGUUGUAGCUUACCUUCAUUCCGAAGUAGCGCGUCAUGUUUGGCACGGACAUUAUAAUAGACAUUGGUAUUGAUAGUUACUUUUGCUAAAAAAGAAAUGAUCUUAUUAUUAGUAGAAAAUAUAACUUCAUCGCUGUCACUUACCAUAUCUGCCUCAUCUACAGUCCUAUUAUUAGCAUGAUAAGGCAAAUUAGUGUAGUAGAUGUGUGACGUUUUAUCUACAAACUUCUUAAGUUCCUGCAGUUGUUCAUACUUCAACUUGGGAAUAGGAAUGAAGCCAUUGUAAAGUUUGUCCGGUGUUGCAGCCGCUAUGCCUGGCCUUGGGGGUAUUAGAACAAAACUUGACAUAGCUUCAUUGCAACUUUUUCGCAUUUGAAUUGUUCGUGGAUGUUGAUGGCUUAUUAUUAGUUCUUUUAUUGGCCUUGUUGGAAAUGGACAGGUUUUUUUAUAUUGAGGGGUUAAAUUUGUCCAUGCAUGGAAAAUGUCUGUAGUACACUCAAUAACAUUAAAUGGCAUUGGUUUAACCCUAGCACUUUUAAAAACCUCGACCCAUUGGGGUGGAACUUCAACUCUUGUUUUCUGUUUGAUGAGAGCAAAGUCUUUAUCAAGUACGAGUGCCCUCGAAUUGGAAAUGUAAUUUUGAUUUUAUCAAACCUACCUUCUUUAUGGACCAUAUGAUGUAAGAGGCGUAUAAUGGUGUAAUUCUUAUUUUGGCCUGCGCAUGGGUCGCAAAAUAUUUCCAAACAUCUAACAGUUUGUCCUAGAAUAUUAAGGCAAAAACCAUGUAAUAAAGACGCGACUUUAUCAGCACCUUUUUGGCAAUAGUUUCAGGGUAUGAAUAAAAAACAGCCUCAUUGGUUGAGAGCUUAUGAAUAUUAAAACUGACAAAGGUCAAUUGCCUUUUGUAGUAUACAUCAUUGGUAGUGAUGUUGGGUGUAGGAAGAUUUUUGGAAAAGUCCAUGGUUAUAGCUUCAAUUGACUCAUUUUUUCUGGACUGUAUUUUAGCAUGUCGCUUUCUAGUAUCGAAAGUAGCUGCUUUAAGUUUAUGCAAUUUAUUUUCAUUUUCCAAACCUUUAAUUUCAUUUUGUAAUUCAACUGUGCCUCGUUUUCGAUAGUGUUCUUUAGUUUCUCUUGUAGUGACUUCAUUUUAAUAUGUGUUCAUCACACACACUAUCGUAUCGGAGCGAGGAUACCCGAAACUAAUAUUAACAUCUUUGACGAAAAUUUGUCUGUAUGCUUCAUAACUUAUUGGGUCAUUGGGGAAUUUGUCGCCGUACAUUUUGUGCAUUUUCUUAACGUUGAGCCCUUUAGGGAGGUAGAUCUUUGAUGAUUUUUUAAGGCUAUAUGGUGACUUCCUACUUUUAAAAGAUUUUAUGUUUCCGCCUCAUAUCAGCAAAACAAUAACCGCCUUUCUUUAGGUAGUCUUUCAUAGUCAUCAUACGGCGAUUGGUAAUCCCGUGUAACGAUAUAAAUCUUUUUUUAAAAGCUUUUUGACAUACCUCAAUUUCUUCCAUCAUGCCGCCCUCGCAAUCUCUAGUUAUCUCUAAGCUUAUCUCUAAGCCUUGCUGUGUUCUCGUUUUGUCUAGGUCUUCUUCUACUAACAUUCUUAAUCCCGAUUAAUCUGCAUAAAUGGCUGUUUUGACUAUUUCUAUUUUCUAAGCUACUAAAGUUUUGAAUGAUUUUUCGUCUUUUUUCAGCGGAUAUAAUCUUAAAACAACGAAAUCUUUUGCAGUCACAUGCAUUACCUGUCUCAUAAGUAUGGUUUCUCAAAAAUUUUGCCGCAUCACUUACACGUCCAAGCUUUAGUCUUUUUUUACUGUUUUUCAAAACACUUAAAGGUAUAUCACUGUCACUACUAUUACUUUCUUCCGACAUUUCAAGAUAGCAAAACAAACAAUACACAACGCCAACAACCUCUUAGGACGAUACAACAAUAACGACUAAAAUGCUAACGAAUCUUAAACGAUUUAAGCGGACACAUUGUGGACUUCGACCGUUCUUUGUCGAGUUCGGGCGGACUUGGAUCGUUAUUCCAAAGUGUACCAAACUUAUAUCGCUGAUUUUAGUGGACUACGAUCGGUAUUCUGAAGAAUAUUUUAUGGCGCGUUAAAGUGCCAGGGAAAGGGUAUAAAAAUAGCGAAUAAUCAAAAAUAUUACAAUUUUGGACUUGGAUCGUUUUUCCCCUGUGGUCUUCAAAUAUUCUUGUCUGUAUUUCUAUUUGAGAAUUUUAACAAAAUAGUGAUAUUUGUUUUAUUUAUCAAUAAAUUUUAUAUGGAUAUAGUUCUUUCUGCUGUUCUUCAGUUUUGUGUAAUUUAGGGUAAAGAGAGCAUUUAUGCCGCCAAAUAAGGCGAGUCGGGAUGAUUAAGAUUUUUUGUUAUUUUACUUAAUUUCAAGUUAUACAAAGAGACAAGAAUAUACUCGAUUUCACCCAAAAAAAUCAUUAUAUAUUAAUGGCAUAUUGCAUAUCAUUAGAUUGGCACAAGAUGAAUACAUUUUCAUACUUUGUGGUUGCGUCAAUACAAGUUUUGGUUUGUUUAUACUGUACGUUAUGAUAAGUUUCAGAUCUUUUCGAUAUUAAAAAGAAUAUUUUAUUUUUUAAAUACUCGCAAACUUUUUGGAAAUCGUUAGUAAGUCAAUUAAUGUAUAUAUUGGGUAUCGGCCUACAUCUUUAACUAAUAUCCCACAUAUAGCAACACCCUCGGGCUCUUUUCGCAAAUCUUCUACAUGCGCUUGGCCGUAUUUCACUUUUAAAAUAGCUACGUUUCUUUCUUAUCAUCUUUAUUAGAAGAUUUCGUAGUGAUAUUUAUUAUAACUUUAAAUAAAGCAAUUAAGUAUCGGUUAACUAAACGUAUUUUCGAAAAAGCUAUUUUUCUUAAACAAUAACAUAUUAAGGGGACUUCUUAGCUGAAACAAGUAUUUGUUUACGUAUCAAUUUUAGUUUAUUAGGGUAUAUAUUAAUUUUAAGUAACGAUAAUAUAUAGAACAAAAAAAAUGCCUAGUUGGUGAAUGGCAUAAUAAUGUUGGCUCAAUUGAAGAAUUACCACACCUAAAAUUUCCCUGUAACAUGAUAUGCAAGAUUACACUUUGUUUAAAAGUUUCAUUUGUUUAAUGGCCUAUUUAACGUACGAGAAUCAUCAUUAGACUCGGAAAUAUCAGAUGCUUGCUUCCCUUGGAAAAAAAACGUCAAUGUCAAAAAUAAUUUUUCUCCCAGUGAACCUAUUAUUUAAUUUUUAUGUGAGAAAUAGGAAAAUGUUUUUAAAUUGCCAAUUUGUUUUUUAGAUUUUCUAUUCUUUUUCUGAUUUUUUUUCAAUAUUAAAGAAUUAAUACUGCUUCGUCUUCAUUUAAUCAAUUCCGAAUAAUUUAUUAUUAUUGAGAUUUCAAUGGUGAGCAAAGCAAACAAAAAUUGUUUAAUAAAGUGAACAAUUAUAAUAAACCAACAUAACUAAGGAAAAUUGUCUUGAAAAUCAUGCCCCAAGGAUAAUGCAUACUUUUAGAAAAUAUAACAUUCUCGCGUUAGGAUUUAUAUGAUAAAAAUAUAUUGUUUAAUCAUUUUCCACAGUAUAAUUUUUGUCCGAUAUUAAUGGUUAGUAAACUAUUUCACAUUUCACGAAUAAUACAUGCGAAGACAAAUAGAAGAACACCAGCGCCAUGCGAUAUUAAAUAUUAAUAGAGAAUCUUUUAUUUUGCCUUUAUUACCCAAACUCUAUAGCCAGUUAACAACAUACUCAAGUUCCAAGAAUAUUGAAACAAUCACUCCAAAAAACAAUUUUUUCUAUUGCGUUUCCGAAGGAUUUGAUGACGCAGUAAUUCUAAAUAAAAUAUUGUGAUAAAAAAGCAGUACCAUGUAUAUUUGUAUUAUACAAAAUAAAUGUAGAUAUUUUUUAUUUACUGUAUGUGAGUCAAUGCAUAUUUUUGGUUUUUCGUAAAAAUACAGGUUAUCUAUUAUUAAGUAUUGCCACUUUUGCUGUCAAUAAAAUUAUAGUCGGUUGAUUUAUGAGCAGUUAAGUACCCAAAUAGCAAAAUACUUACAUACGUAGCACGUCUUGAGUAUAUAAUAUGUCAGAUAGCAAACGUAGUUAGUUCAAGCAUUUCAAAAUCAUUAAAAAUUGGGUCACGUUUUGAACCGAAAUCCGAUAUAAUUUAUAAACAAUUGAUCCACAAUAAUUUAAGACUACUUAAUUAAUAUAUUAUACAUAUGUAUAAGUAUGAUGCUGUUUGGGUAUGAUUAAAAUACAUUUUUUUAAAAUUAGAACGCUUUUGUGGCUGAAUAAUGUGUAAAUAUAAACAUAAAGGUUUUCUAAAACAUUGUUUUGUUUUGAUAAUAAUGUCCAAAGUUACUAAUUAAUUUAUUAGCUCCCACUCAUUGUUUUUAAAAUUAUCCUAAACCUUUUAGUGGAUUUAAUGUAGGAUAGCCCUAUGUUCAUAUAUACAUAAAUUAAUAAUAUAUAAACAUAUUUUGUAUACUGCUUGUUCUUGUAUGUGUUGAUGCACUUUUAGGCAUUGUAUGGAAUUUACCGGAGUGUCUGGGUGGUCGCUUAUUUUUACAAUCUUUUUAAAUAUUUAGGUAAACACAAAAAACAAACCUAUUCUUAUAUCAUAAAUUAAGGAAAAGGGUAAUAUAAUAUUAUGGGUAAGCCAUCCCCUACAGACAUCCGGUAUAUAGGUAUUAAUUUCUAUAAAUAAGAGUUAUGUUAAAUUUAUAUAUACAUAUGCAUUUUAAAUGAUAAUUUGUUUUAAAUCUAUAUGGUUUAUGUUUCACAAUUGUUUAAAAAAAUCUUAUUUAGAA